UACGACUGGGGUUUGUACGGGCUGUGGCCGAGGACGUGGUUCACAACCUUUGACCUGGGUGCACCACGCCUCAACUUCCUCAAGUGGAAUGACGCCUGUGUCGACGGCUUUUUCCUCUUCGCACUUCGAGGGAGCUAUGUGGCCCAUUCAGGCCCUGUGAUCCUGGACGCGAGGGGCAACCUGAUAUGGAUGACUGCCGAGACGUUUGGAGAGGAUGGCCAGGAUAUUACCGACUUCAAGAUCCAGACGUACAAAGAAAACCUGUACAUCACCUUUUGGGCUGGUUCUGACGGUGCAGAGCACCAAUACGGCAUGGGCAGCUACUAUAUGCUGGACGAGACCUACAAGGUGGUCAAGACUGUCAAGGCCGUCGAGACAAGAGGCCAGGAUCUGAAAGGGGAUCUCCAUGACUUCCUUAUCACCAGUCAGGAUACCGCACUCCUCACUGUCUACCAUCGCCAACCUGCCGACCUUUCUGCCCUAGGGGGCCCUCAGGACGGCUGGAUCCUGGACAGCAUCUUCCAGGAGGUGGACAUGGAGACGGGCGAGCUGCUCUUCGAGUGGCGUGCAUCCGAGCACAUCCCUGUGGAGGACGGCAUGCGGACCUACAUGAAAUCCUCAGACCAUGGUAGAGAUCCAGGAGCGGGCUUCGACUAUUUCCAUAUCAAUAGCAUCGACAAGGACCACCGUGGCAACUACAUCAUCUCAGGGCGGCAUACCCACCAGAUCAUCUGCAUCAACCCGGAUGGCGAGACCGUCUGGAUCCUGGGCGGCAAGGAGAACAUGUUUACUGACCUAUCGGGCGGUCGCGCUACGGACUUUUCAUGGCAGCAUCACGCGAGAUGGUACGGGAACGAUACACUCACCCUGUUCGACAAUGCCAAAUCCCCUUACGGCGGGAGGCGAUACACUGGCGACCACAGCCGGGGGCUGGUGCUCCAGAUCGACGCCGACGCCCUGACCGCCCGGCUGGUGCAUGACUAUCACGACCCGGCGCACCCCAAGCUGGCCAAGAGCCAGGGUUCGGUGCAGGUCCUCGAGGGCGGCAGCGGCAACGUGCUCGUCGACUACGGCUUCUACCCAACCGUGACCGAGUUCUCAGCAGGUGGCGAGGUUCUCUGCGACGUGCGGCUGGCCCCCUGGCUGAUCUGGCACCUCGGCAUGGUGACGAGCUACCGGGGCUUCAAGACGACCCAGUGGGUCGGCCGGCCGUGGUACAGCCCCGUCACCUCCCUGUCGCCAUCAGAAGGUGUGCUCUAUGUCAGCUGGAACGGCGCCACCGAGGUCAGGAGCUGGGUGCUUCAGGGCGCGGACUCCGAUGGUGUCCGCGACAAUGUCUUUGAGGACCUCGACGUGCAGGCCAAGGACGCCUUCGAGGCCAGCUUCAAGGUCUCGGACAGUCAUAUACCCCAGUACCUGCGGGUGGCUGCGGUCGACGAGCACGGCACGGUGCUCAAGUACUCGCAGCCCGUCGACCGC